AAUGAUAAUCCUCUAUUCUAUUAAGAUUCCAAAGAUGUGGUUCAAACUCUUACUCCUGGUGCCAGCUUUAGCGUCCGCCAAAAUCAAUGUCGACGUCGUCGCUACAAGCGACUCCGCCACAUCCAAGGUAGAGUACUUUGGAUCUAGCGUCGAGCUCAUCACCGACGAAGACAUCCGAACCUUCGGCCUCUCCGACUCCAAACUCAAAGACGCAGCCCAAAUGUUUUCAGGCGGAAGACCCGGCGAUGUCUACCUAAAAAGCCCCACUCCUUGGAACGACUUGUACAAGUCAUUUGGCUGGUCCCAAGUCCAGAGAACUCUUCACCCCAAAAGCGCAAGGAUCCUCGGCAUUCGGAGCGAACCUGUUCUCCUUGUAACCAGUGAGUUCAUCAAUAACAGCUCUGUGACAUCCACAUACAACGCGGGCGUGACUCAGCAAGUUGAAGAAACCGUCUCUACCACAUGGUCUGUUGGAGGGGAGAUGAAAGUCGAGCAGGAAAUUAACUACAAAGUUGAUGUAGGUGUUGGAGAAAUCGGUGGUGCAACACGCUUUUCUUUUUCUGCGUCAUUUGGUAAAGACACUACCAAAUCCAAGAGUGUGACUGUGGGAUCCAGUCAAGGUGUUCAAGUGCAGCUGGCGCCUGGCCAAGCUGUAGUAGCUUCGCUGCAAGCGACUAGGGGAUCGAUGGAGAUCCAGGUGGAUUACUCGGCCAGUUUAGAUGGAGACAUAGCUUGCAACUACCCCGGCAAAUUCAAGGGUCACUACUUCUGGAGAUAUGACUUAAACGCGGUCCAGAAGGCUAGUGGUAUGAAGACGACGGUGGAUUCCACGGAGAUCAUUAAAGUCGGGUUCUACUCCAAUGCUCGGGUGGUGGUGUCUGACAAAGUGACUGCGAACACCCUGAAUGUCUACUCAGCUGCUAUUAAGAAAGAAUAAGAGGCUUACUCCUACUAGGUGGACCGACGAUCUCGUAAAGGUCGCGGG